AUGGUCAAGGACAGCUUGGAGGACACGAGAAAGUUGUUGGAGGGAUUGACGGCUGCAGACAACGCAGACAGGAAAGCUCACUAUCGCGGAAUCGGAGGUUGGGUGUUGAUCCUAUUUGGAAUAAGCAUCAUGGGAGCAUUGGCUCUUACGGAAGAAGGAAAUACGUACUGGGUAGAAAAUGUCAAAACGGUCAAGGUCAAGUCGAACGGCAUUCGGGGUGGUACGGAUGUUGGCAUAAUCAUGACUGAUCAGGAGUAUCAGCUUGGGCAGAAGCAUCCCAACGUCACUGCACUACCGUUACCAACCAUGGAGCCCUUCAACAUGAGUCGGGGUGGUACGGAUGUUGGUAUUGUCAUGACUGAUCAGGACCACCAGCAAAGGCAGCAGCAACUCAACAUCACUGCACUGCCGUUACCAACGAUGGAGCCCUUCAACACGAAUCAGGAUGGUACGGAUGUCGGCAUUCAAAUGACUGAUCAGGAGUAUCAGCAGAAGCAGAAGCAUCUCAACAUCACUGCACUACCGCUCCCAACCAUGGAUCCCUUCAACAUGAGCCAGUACGAAACAAUUCACCUUUGGCAUCUUCGCAAAGCUGGUGGGACGACACUUCGAACAUACUUUGAGAACAUUGCCAAACAUCACAACCUCACUUUCAAAGUGGAUGAAGGGAUGUGCUACAGAGGACCUCGUGACGACCCAAAGACCCUCCUGGUGACAAUGCUGAAGGAUCCUGUGGCCAGAAUUGAGUCUGAAUACUGGGGUGAAGGGUCCAUCAACUUGACUGACCCGAAUAGUUUUAUGGAUUGGGUGGACGCCAUCAACAGCACAACUACCAUAGACCUUGGAGGAGGUCAUUGGUUUGUAUGGAGCUGUACUCAAAAUUGCCUCACCAAAGUUUUUGGCAAUGGCUUGCCCUCCAAUCUGACCAAGGCCAAGAAUGCCCUAGAGAAUGACUUUGAUCUCAUUGUCCAAAGCAACCGCAUGAGUGAUCCAAUAUAUCAGCAAUGGUUGGGUCAAAUCUUGGGUGCUCCAGAAGUCAAAAUGCCUCACAGGAACCCAUCUGACAAGAAACUAGUCAAGGAAAACAGGGUUGCUGCUCCAAAGGAGGCGGACUUUGAGGUAUUGAGAAAGUUCAAUCAGAUGGACUAUGACCUGCUCAAGUAUCUUAUACCGAGAAGAAAGGAUUUAGAAGGCGUUGUAUAG